AUGGUCUCAUGACGCAAAGGGCCGAAGGACGUGCACGCCUUCGCUGUCAAUGCGAACGAAAGAGGAGGAAGAACGGAUAGUCACACAGCUGAACCUCGCUUUAAAGACAAGAUGGCAGGACUGCCCCGCAGGAUCAUUAAGGAGACCCAGCGUCUGUUGGCGGAGCCUGUCCCAGGGAUUAAGGCGGAGCCCGAUGAAGGGAACGCCCGCUACUUCCACGUAGUCAUUGCUGGGCCCCAAGACUCUCCCUUCGAGGGGGGCACCUUUAAACUUGAACUCUUUCUCCCUGAAGAGUACCCCAUGGCAGCUCCGAAAGUACGCUUCAUGACCAAAAUAUAUCACCCCAACGUAGACAAGCUUGGAAGAAUAUGCCUAGACAUCUUGAAAGAUAAGUGGUCCCCAGCCCUGCAGAUCCGCACAGUGCUGCUAUCAAUCCAGGCGUUACUAAGUGCUCCCAACCCUGAUGAUCCUCUAGCCAAUGAUGUUGCAGAGCAGUGGAAGUCCAAUGAAGCUCAAGCCAUAGAGACAGCACGGACCUGGACCAGGCUGUACGCGGGGAACAACAUUGAGGUGUAGACUGGCGCACUGGUCAGAAGAGCCAGGGGGAGUACAGUGUGCAAACAACUCACGUUCUGCCAAGACUCCUAGCACAUUUGCAUUUAAAGGACACAGUCUUAGAAAAAAAUGUCAUUUAUUAUUAUUAUUAUAAAACAACAAAUAAGGAAUAUAUUUUAAAAGGCAAUUGGUGAUUUAAAUGCACAUUACAGAAGAAGAAAAAACUUUAAAACAAAACAAGAAUCUGACCAUGUCUUUGUCCUAAUUCACUACUGUUCAAAUGCAUGGGCCGAGGCUGCCAUCUCAUCUGGCUUUCUUUGUCUAUUGAUUUGGGAGGCUCAGUCUAGCCUAUGCAGCCUCUGAUUUAAAACAGCGCAUUUAGGUAGAAAAGAAAAAAAUGGGUGUGAUUUGUCUGUCCCAUGUUUAUUCUUUUCUGAAAGGAGGGGGGGAGGGGGGGUUGUCAACACGACGUGCUUUUUACUUUUAUUUUAACUUUUUUUUUCUUGUGAUGCUGUUUGUCUAUAAAAAUUUAAAAAAGCAGAUAACCUUAGCCCUACUAGUCCCACCCCAAGAGAUGUACGACGGACCGCUGUGUAGAAGAGCCUAACAGGAACGUCUCCGACAUAGUGUAGCGACUCCUCUUUUAAAAUACACCUGACUUGAACAUGGGGUACAGAGACGAUCAUACGACUUGGAAAAAGAUAUAUAUUUAAAAAAAAGUCGCAUGAAAAAUAGUCCUCCGCCAUUAUCACAUUAACCGAUUGCAAACGCUGUCAGCAUAGACCAUGAAUAAUGUAGGCUUGUGACCUUGUGGGUGGGGUAUGCGCUCCAUACUUCCGUCUUCUCUUUUAGGUAUAUGUUUUGGUAUUCAGUCUGCUCCUUUUAUCUUUGGAUCUUUCCUGCAGUCGCCCAACUAAUUAGCCUACCCUCUAGCUACAUGGUUCUCUUGCUCUGUUUUUCUUUUCAUAAAAUGGGUCCCUUUUUCAUGCCGCAAGACACCAUUCUUCAUCGCUGUGCUUCCUUCAUAAAAUAAGGGUUGCGUUGGAGUAGUCAGUUGUUUGGCGAUAUGGGGGGGGGGGGGGGGGGGGGUUGGGUUGGGAGGAGCGGAAGUUCAGGUGGGUGGUGAAAGUGGGUUGUAGUAGCAGGCACGAAGUAGAUGAAUGAAGGCUCUCCUGUCACGAUUGGUCUUGGUUUAAAAGGUGUGUUGAAUUCACUGUUUUGUAAAUUCAUUCUUUCUAUUAAUCUGGAGAGGAUAAUUGUUUUCCUGCUCUCGGAAUGCUAUGGCAACAGUCAACCUGCAUACUUUUGUUUUUCUGUAAAUAAAAUAUGUUGAUUAAUAAGA